UGCCGGCAUUUACCCGUUUAACUUUAACCGAAGUGGGAAGCAAGUAGUUUCAUUCCGGAAAAUAAAGUGGGAGCGUUCACAUGAUGUGGUGCAAAACGGGAAUUCUACUACUGGCAACAGUCGGUUUAAUAAGUGCCGAUGUCUACCUCAAGGAAAACUUCGAUAAUGAAAACUGGGAGGAUAACUGGGUAUACAGCAAACAUCCUGGCAAGGAGUUUGGCAAGUUCGUCCUGACUCCAGGCACCUUCUACAACGAUGCUGAGGCUGACAAAGGUAUCCAGACUUCUCAGGACGCCCGCUUCUAUGCUGUGAGCAGGAAAUUCGACGGAUUCUCCAACGAGGAUAAGCCCCUCGUGGUACAGUUCUCCGUGAAGCAUGAACAGAACAUCGACUGCGGUGGCGGCUAUGUUAAACUGUUCGACUGCUCUCUGGACCAGACUGACAUGCACGGCGAGUCGCCCUACGAGAUCAUGUUCGGUCCCGAUAUCUGCGGCCCCGGCACCAAGAAGGUCCACGUCAUUUUCAGCUACAAGGGCAAAAACCACUUAAUCAGCAAAGAUAUUCGCUGCAAAGAUGACGUGUACACCCACUUCUACACGCUCAUUGUCCGUCCGGAUAACACCUACGAGGUGCUCAUUGACAACGAGAAGGUUGAGUCUGGCAACUUGGAGGACGACUGGGACUUCCUGGCCCCCAAGAAGAUCAAGGACCCCAACGCCAAGAAGCCCGAGGACUGGGAUGACAAGGCCACCAUUCCCGACCCCGAUGAUAAGAAGCCCGAAGACUGGGACAAGCCAGAGCACAUCCCCGACCCCGAUGCCACCAAGCCUGAGGACUGGGACGAUGAGAUGGACGGCGAGUGGGAGCCCCCAAUGAUCGACAACCCCGAAUACAAGGGCGAAUGGCAGCCUAAGCAGCUGGACAACCCCAACUACAAGGGCGCCUGGGAGCAUCCCGAGAUCGCUAAUCCCGAGUAUGUGGCUGACGACAAACUGUACCUGCGCAAGGAGAUCUGCACUCUGGGCUUCGAUCUGUGGCAGGUUAAGUCCGGCACCAUCUUCGACAAUGUCCUGAUCACGGACGACAUUGAGCUGGCUGCCAAGGUGGUGUCUGAUGUCAAGGACACCCAGGCUGGCGAAAAGAAGAUGAAGGAGGCUCAGGAUGAGGUCCAGCGGAAGAAGGAUGAGGAGGAGGCGAAAAAGAACGCCGAUAAGGACGAUGAGGAUGAGGAUGACGAUGAUGAGGAGAAGGAUGAAUCUAAACAAGACAAAGAUCAAAGCGACCACGACGAAUUGUAAGGGCGUUUAGGAGAAAAUGCGUCAAAAAAUAUUCGGUAUUUUUUGUGUGUUAGUAGCUGCUUCGAUAUUGUAAGCAAACUGAAUCCACAAUUACAAUUUGUAAGACUUAUAAUUUAUAAACAUAAA